UUUUUUUUCAAGUAUAUUACUCAUUUCCAUCUUUCUUCUUCAGAAGCAAAGUGAAAUUUUAUAAAGUCCAACAUUAAAAGAAUAUCAAGAGAAAAAAACUAAUUUUGGCAAAAACAAUUUACAAGGAUGACGAUGGAAGUGGUGGUGGAUGCAGUGGCACCCCAGCCAGCAACAACUGAAUCCCAGAAGAAGAAUAGGAUUCAAGUGUCCAACACAAAGAAACCCCUCUUCUUCUAUGUCAAUCUUGCUAAGAGGUACAUUCAGCAGCAUAAUGAGGUUGAACUGUCUGCCCUAGGGAUGGCAAUCACCACAGUUGUUACAGUGGCUGAAAUUCUGAAGAACAAUGGAUUUGCAACUGAGAAAAAGGUUUUAACAUCCACUGUUGGAAUGAAAGAUGAAGCAAAAGGCCGCAUGGUUCAAAAGGCCAGGAUUGAAAUCGUGCUGGAAAAAACUGAAAAAUUCGACAAGUUAAUGGCACCGAAUAAUGCAGCAGCGGAGGAAGUGCCGAACAAGGAUGAGAAUAUCAAGGUGGAGGAAAACAAGCCGUAGUAGCAUUCGGUGUCACUUCAAAACUCAUGCUUACUGUAUCUCAGUCUGGAUAUGAGGAUAUAUUAUACUAAUUCUGCUAUUAUACAUUUUGUUUGCUACAACUGAUGAAGAUCUAUAGAAUGCAAAUCCACAUUGUUAAGGUUGUAGGUUUGCCCUUUUCAGUUUUUGUAUCAUUUUUGCAGUUUCGUUUUUGGACUUGUAUCUUUCCAAGAU